GCAAUAUGGUGGGACAUGUGCGGCAACCGAAUGCUCCUAUCCCCAAAUAUGGAGUGUGGUGGGAAGCAGACAAAUCCAAUUUUUUUUUGGAAAGCUCCAUUAGAAGAAACAAUAAUCGAGAUUACCAAAGAUGAAGACUUGAUGGAGAUGGCAUCAACAACUAAUCAACCUCCUAGGAUUAUCGAGCUGUAUGCUAUGGCUAAUCAGGAAGUUGAAGACGUUUUGGAGAGUGAUGCUUAGGAUGAUGAAUCUGGAUAUAGGCAAGAUAAUGUAAAAGAAGGUGAGGACGAUGGCAGGGACUAUGUAGAAUAAGAAGAAGAAAGUGACUUUGAGUAUGAUGCUGCAACUUUUCUGAAGAAUGUAAAUACUGAGGUGGAGGCUAAUAUGUGC